AUGGAUAUAUUCGACGAUAUAUUAAAACAAGCAAGUAGUAAUACUAAAAAUGCGAGUAAAGAAAUCAAGAAGAUCGAUGAAGCGCAUCAAAAGACUAAAAAAUGUAUGGAUGUACGGUUGGCUGCAGAACGGAAGCAAUCGAAAAUUGUGAAAUCUCCGCUCGAAAAAUCGAAAUUUGUCAUUCCGAAAAGAAAAACGAAAGAUGAUUCGGAUGUCGAUAAGAGCAGAAUAGCAUUAUUUCUAAAAAGAAAGGAAGAGGAAAAGCGGAAAGCAAUAAUUCAGAAAACGAAACAAAAGGAGGAACUUAUAAAAUUAAGAUUGCAAAGUUAUGGUGGAAAGGCAAAUAAAAAGCUUGCUAGGCAAUUCGGUAGCACUCCAAUUGAACUACAACAAAAGUACGGUAAUGAUCGUGAACACGAAGAACACCUAAAAAAACAGCAAAUUAAAGAGGAGGAAGAAUCUGAUCGUCUCAACAGUGAGUUCCGUGGAAGUGUCGUGAAGGCUCUGGAACGAAAGAAGGUAGUUGAAAAAAUGGCAGGUGCAUCUUGCAAAAGUGGUCGUUAUAGAGUCACCAUCAAUAAAAAGAAUAGUUUGAGACAUUUGACGAAAGAAGAUUUUCCAGGGCCUUUCACGUCAUGUGUUUUGGAAGGUAAAUCGAGAAAAAUUGAUACGAAGGUUUUAACUAAGCGUCGCUCACCUCCAUCGGAGUCAAAUUUCCUCUUCCUGAUGAAGAAAGCAGAAGCAAUCCAAAAUGGUAAAGCAUCUCCAAGCCCACCACCCCUUUCUGCUCCAUCUCUUGCGAAGAAGAAAACACAUAAUGAGCUGCUUCGAGGAGAUAUUAGGAAAAUUAAAUUUCGCGAGGGCAAAUCAAACCCGAUUGAGAGCAGUAAAAAAACUGCUAUCAUACAGCGGAGUUCUAACGCUACAAAGAGGAUGAGUGUUAUUCAAACUGAUCAUACCAAAAAACAAAAGGUGCCAUCAUCCUUAACGUCUGGAUCGACGUUUACAUCCCCAUCACGGCGGUAUCUUCCAGGAGAUGUCAGAUAUCAAGGACCUCAUCCAGAACAGUCUCGAAUAAAUGUUAAGACGAGUGAUCAUCCAUCAAAUGUAGCCAAAAUUAGUGUGAAGGAAGCUAAUAAUAAAGACUUGCAAACAAGAGGACCUAGAAAAAUUAAUGAAGAAAAUCUUGCAAGAGUUGGUGAUCGGCGGCAGAAUCCAUCACUGCAAAUGAUGUCACGAGAGGAAGCUCGUUCCAAAGCCUACAAACAUAUACAUCUAAAAGAGCCGCGUCGUUUAGAAGAGCUGCGUCGACUAAGAGAAGAUGAUUUGGAUGAGGAUGUUGAUGAUGAAGAGUAUGAUAGUGAAAUGGAUGAUUUCAUUGAUGAUAGCGAGUUUGAUGAGCAUCUGAAACGCGGCGAUUUGGAGGAAACAUUGCGGUUGAUAAAUCCACGCUAUGACAAAAAUCGUUGGAAAUUGAGAGAACAGAUGAUUGAUGAUUGUCACAUGGAAGCAAGUUAUCGUGAUAUUGCUCGUGAGGAAAAGCGAAGCUCAAGAAUAGGUCUGAUUGAAGACAUUCGAGAAGCGCAUUGCGGUAAAAGCGUUAUGUUAUAA